GUUGAACAUGUAUCACAAAACGUGGGGUCACAGAAAAUCUUCGGGGGGAAAGAUGUGGAAGGAGAGGGCGAAGAAGAAGAAGACGAGACAACUCCGGGUCACGUGAUUGGGUCGAGCAUCUUUUUUUGGUCCAUUUUGGAUGAUAGCAAGAGCUCCGUGCGACCCAAGAAAAUGACCAAACUGCAGUUUUUAAACGUCUUUUUGACUGAGCGUCUCAUGCUUGCUGCGCAGGAAAUUUACAAGUCUGUCGAGGACACGAUUUUGGAGUACCAGGAGGAGAUAGCAAUCAGGGAGCGGGAGAACGACCAUCUGAGACGCAGGCUGCGAGACGCUGGAAUUGAAAUAUGGCCAGAUCGCCCAUCCAUGGCGCUGUUGGACGAGGAGGAUGGUGAGCAUCCAAGGCGCGAAUGGAGUCCCAGCAUGGGGCAUGAGGAGCGUAUUCCCAUUCAGAUUAAGGAUAAAAGAGAUCUCCGGGCCACACAAGGAGAUGAUCAGCUUCGUGGGCAUGGCUCCUGCAGCACACCAGAGAACAUGUUCACUCCUCCACGUGUUGGAAAUGAAUAUCCCCAGGAUGGCCCCCAUACAUCCAACCUCCCUCAGAGUCAAGGUGUGGAGAACAGAGAGAGGGAUCCUGGCUCUCGAGGGUCCUCGAGGCAUGUGAAGGCAGAGAGUGGAGGAGGCCACAGAGGCUCUACUUCUUCCAACAGCGGUGCCCAGCCUCUCGCACCAGUCAACCCAAACUGCUCAAAUGAGAACAACAUAGACAUUAUUGGGGUGGAGAAUGGAGGACAGAUGGUUGGUGCUAAGGGAACUGGAACUGGAGCUAACAGAGCACAGGCUUCUCAUAUGCGCAACCAAGGAGCUAAUGCUGUGGACUGCCCCCAUCAGAAAUCCCCCCUACAAGGCCACAUGUCAUCUUUCUGCUGCAAGGUUUGUGGUGAGGCCUUUAGUCACAUCGGCCACUUGCAUGUGCAUGUACAAGUGCACACACGGGAAAAACCUUACCGCUGUGGUGUAUGUGGGAAAUGCUGCAGCUCCUCUGGCAGACUCCAGGAGCACCAGCGUAGCCACACGGGAGAAAAACCAUUCCGCUGCCAGAUUUGUGGAAAGGGCUUCACACAAAUGGCUCACCUGAAGGUACACAUGAGGAUCCAUACAGGGGAGAAGCCAUACAGUUGCCCCGUGUGUGGCAAGUGCUUCAGCCGUUCUGACAAAAUCAAAAGGCAUCUCCAGACCCAUAGCCGUGAGGGAACAUAUUUCUCAGGGCAAUGAUGCAGGUGUGUUGUUAAACAACUCAGUUUGUGAAUCAUAUUGAUGUGGGAAACUUUUCUACAAAAAGCUAAUAUCGCUGCCAUCAAGACAAGGCUUUUUUUCUUCCUACUUCCUAAGAACUAGGGAUUCUGCAGCUCUUAGAGAAUUUUUUUUUAUCUAAUCUAAUACUUCUCCACGCCAUAGUCCCUCAAUAGAAUUUGUAUUAGCCAGUUUAGUAUGUCAUUUACUUAAUUUUGUACUUGUCACUGAGUAAUAAAUCUCUGAGACACAAUUUGAGUUAUUAGCUAGCUUUUCUGAAUAAUCUAACCUUUCCUUAGUCAUAUAAUUAGCAUGAUGAAGUCUUCCACACAUACCUUGAAACUGAGAUGCAUUAAUAAAUGCAACAAUGUUCAGCACAGUCACGGCUUAUUAUCAGCCAGUCACUUCAUAUCCAUAAAUUCACACUCGACAUCUAUGUUGUAAACAUUAUUUUUGGACCUAAAAUUAUGAGUCGCCACAUGUGUGAAAUCAUCUAUAUUUUCUUUCUUAACUGGAGGAUUGAUGGCCUGAAUUGUUUUCUGGAUUGGUCUAACACUGCCAGUAGGUUUUCUUAUGUAGCAAUUUUAAAUAAAGCAAUUUUAAAAAGUUACACAAAAUUUAGGCCAACAAAAAGCUAGUGAAAUGCCUCGAUUGACUGGAUUUGACUGGUUUACAAAGAGGAGUCUGAUCCGGCACUUAUCUCAGUUUUUUUAGUCAUUAUUUUAACAUUAUCUUCAUUUUUUUCUCAGUGCUGUUACAUUGUUGCAGAGCUAAAUACUGCCAUCUCACAUCGUCAGUGCUUCAUGUUGUCCAUUGAAAUAUGGACAAAUCUAUUGUGAGACUGCUCCACUAUUUUGUGAAAUAAUGUGAUGUUCUGUAAAAUACCACUAGUCUCAAUUUACCGUACAUUUAGGAAUGUUGUCUUUUUUUAAAAAAUGACAUGCACUAUAGCAUCUAUCCAAGAUGAUGCAGAAAUUCACUCUAUAAUGGGGCCAUACAGUAUUAGCUGAACUUAUCUGUGGUUUUUCAGGGCUCUCAGUCUGCAAAGAUUUACGUUCACCUGUGUUUCCACCACAGUAGUCAUUCACAUAUGAGGUAUUUCAUGGAGUGGCCUCAGCUGUGGUUGAUUUUCAGAAGUGAUGGUCUGUUUAUCAAGGAAUCAGGUACUUCCUCUGCUAAUCCUGGACUGACCCCACCCCUGAACAGUAGACCCUACAGUUACCUUUCUCCUCUCAGGACUAAUGCUGCAUUCAUAACAUGAGGGUUACCAGAAAUACAAACAUCUGACUUAACCCAGCUAUCAUAAAAGUCAGAAACUCAGGGUUUGUCAGUUUUCCCAUUUAAUUUCUAAUUUGUCCCUGCUUCUUGCAGAAAAAAAUAAAAAUGAACUAAAUAAUUGAACUUCAGACUGUGUCAGAGCUCAGUUGUUGUUUAAGAUGCCAAGUCCUGCCCAAGUUAUCCCUCUAUAUGUGAUGAAUGCAGCAUGAGACAACUACAGCACGUCCUCACAGCUGACCAGCAACCCUUCACUCACAGUCUUCUCUGGGACAUCUUUGCUCCCCCUGCACACACUCUUCUGUACAGUGUUGUAUCAUUGCGUAUUAAAUGUUAUUUUUUAAUAAAGUAGUCAUUGAGUA